UUCACUUGUAUUCUUUCUCUUUCCUCUUCCCAAAGACAAUGAUUUCAAGCUCAAUUGCCCAAUUCCUCCUCUGAUUUCUAUUACGAUUUGGGUUUUCAAUUUCAAUUUCCAUUUCCAUUUGAAGACAGGGAUAUAAAAAACAAAUCAAAUAUCUUCUCGAAAAUGGAAGCAGAAGCUUCAUCGUUCGAGACGAGUGAGAUGCUGGCGAGGUUUUUGGGGUCAACGCCACUGUUGCCGGAGUCAUGGAAUCUCUGUGGACGAUCAAACGUCAUGGCACCUCAGAGCUUCUUGACUGAUGAAGUUGGAGGUGUUACUUACGUCGCGUUUUCCGGCGUCCAAUCGGUUGAUGGAUUGGAUCCGUUUUGCGGGAAUUUGGUGCCUUUAGCCGGUGUAUUUCCGGUUGACGCAGGAAUGUUUCCGGCGUUGGAGGAUACAGUGAUGGUAGAUGCUGGAUUACUUCACCUGUUUUGGACCAUAUUCCAUACCCCUGUUUUCCAAAACCAGAUGUUUGAAAUCAAGAAGAAACAAAAACCCGUGGUCUUCACCGGUCACUCCAUUGGGGGUGCCAUAGCCGCCCUCUCAUCACUUUGGCUCCUCUCCUAUCUCCAAUCGAUCUCAUCUCCUCCCACCGUUAUUUGCUUCACCUUUGGGUCACCGAUGAUCGGAAAUGAACCGCUUUCUCGAGCCAUCCAACGGCAACGAUGGGGUGGAAACUUCUGCCAUCUGGUCUCCAAAUUCGACAUCCUUCCACGGUUGUUGUUUGCUCCCUUGGCCCCCAUAACCACCCACCUCCACAACCUCCUGAAAUCUUGGCACUUAACCAUGAAUUCGCCCUUCUUCUUCCAGGAUCCCGGUAAUCAACUCGGCGAUCACGAGAAAUCGGAGUUAUUCCAUUUCGUUCUUGGUUAUGUUGAAGCGACCGCGAGAUCACCUGGAACGAAUUUAUCGUUUGUACCAUUUGGGAACUUCAUGUUUUGCUCGAGUGAUGGAGCAGUGUGCGUUGAUGACGCGACGGCUAUAGUUCGAAUGCUUUAUUUGACUUUUGCUUCGGGAUCUCCAAGUUCUUGCAUCGAUGAUCAUCUCGAGUAUGAGAGUUAUGUCGGAAAGAUUAGCUUACAGUUCUUGAACCGAACUGAAGAAGAGAUAUGUGAAUCCAACACGUAUGAAGCCGGUGUUACACUCGCAUCACAAUCGAUAUCAUCUGGCCAUGAUCAGAUGGCGAAAGAUUGUCUAAAGAUGGCUAGGCGAAUUGGGCGCACGCCCAACCUCAAUAGCGCCAACCUAGCUAUUGGUUUGUCAAAGAUCACACCAUUCCGAGCCCAAAUCGAGUGGUACAAAGAAUCUUGUGACCAAUCCGACGACCAACUCGGCUACUACGACUCGUUCAAGUUAAGAGGCGCAUCUAAACGCGAUUUCAAAGUGUUCAUGAACCGAAUCAAGCUCGGUGAAUUCUGGAAUAGCGUAAUAGACAUGUUGGAAAAGAAUCAACUUCCACACGACUUCCACAAGCGAGCCAAGUGGGUGAACGCAUCCCAAUUCUACAAACUCCUCGUCGAGCCACUCGACAUCGCCGAGUACUACCGGAGCGGUGAGCACCGGAAGAAGGGACAUUACAUGAAACAAGGGCGACCAAGACGGUACAAGAUCUUUGACAAGUGGUGGAGAGAACGAGAAGCUUUCAGGGAAAACGAUAAUGAUAAUAAUAGUGUCAGUAUCAGUGGCAGUGGCAGUAAUAAUAGGCGGAGUAAGUUUGCGAGUCUGACACAAGACUCUUGUUUCUGGGCAAAAUUGGAGGAGGCUCGAGAGUGGGUGGAGAAGGUUAGCAGUGAAAGUGACCCAAGGCAUGUGGUGGCGUUGUGGGCCAGCAUCGAGAAAUUCGAGCAGUAUGCGAGGGGUUUGGUGGACAGGAAGGAGGUUUCUAUCGAUGUUUUGGCCAAAAACUCGAGCUACACGAUUUGGGUUGAAGAACUUAGGGUCUUGAAACUGCAUUCACAACAUUUUUCGACUCAGAUUCCUGGCAUUUUGGAUCGGAAAGUGGUACCAUAGCUUAGACCGGUCGUAAAAGAUCUGGUUUAGACUGCGGUCGAGUAUAGUCUCGACCUAAAGGCUCCUCCUUUUGCCCAUCUCUACCAUAGCUUUUCUUUCAUUUCUAUGUUUAUGAAAUCACACUUUGACUCCCUCAACCUUAUAGUGUAAAAUAAGUGGUGGUCACUAUAAUAUAAAAAAAAUUAUUUAUCUCGUUAUUC